GACAACAACAAGUUGAAAGAAAUGGAGCACGACAGACUAAUUAAACCGACAGUCUCGUAUCAUUUGUUCCUGUAUCGUGAGGAGUUGGCACGACGCAAUGCACGACAGUUGCGACUGUCGAGAACGAAGAUUGAAAUCACAGACGAGCUCAUCUCGAGAACUGUGAAGAACGUCAAGACCUGCAGCAUGGAUGAUCUCAAGGCGGUGAAUCGAGAGCUGAUCUUCAAAAAGAAGCUGCGACGCAAUGUCUCCAAGUUGCGCAAGGAAGCCAAGUUGGCGCGAAAAUGAGAGA